AUGGUAUCGUUCAAAGGCCUUCCUUGGCUCUUGGCACUGAGCACCACGGGAUGGGCGGUACCAACGCUGGAGAAGCGAGCCUCUCGAACGAGUGCGCCAAGUGGCUGUCUGAGCGUCAAGAGUGGCACCACGACCAGCGGUUGGUACUCAACACUUGGUUCUGCUCUCAGUUCCCUGUCCGGGACCGCCUCAGCGUGCAUCUUUAUCUAUAGUGGUUCCUACAAUGAGCAAUUGAAGAUUGAUUAUGCGGGCUCCUUGACAAUCUAUGGAUACACCACCGAUACGUCGACUUACAAGUCCAACACCGUGACCAUCACAAAUACCAUUUCCUCAUCAGAGGCGGGAUCGUUGGAUCUGAGCAGCACUAUCAACGUUGUCUCAGAUAACUUCAGAUUGUAUAACGUCAACAUCGCCAAUGGAUAUGGCAAGGGCGCUCAGGCAGUUGCCUUGACUGCUAAUGGUGAUCAGCAGGGUUACUACGGCUGCCAAUUCGAUGGCUAUCAAGAUACGCUCUAUGCCAAGUCGGGGUACCAGUACUAUUCCAACUGCUAUAUUGCUGGUGCGACAGACUACAUUUUUGGUGAUGCAUCAGCCUGGUUUGGCGAGUGCACGAUUGCGUCCAAAGCUGGCGGUGCCAUUACAGCCAGUUCACGAGAGACUGCAGAUGAUACGUCCUGGUAUGUAAUUGAUCAUAGUACAAUCACCUCCGUCUCUGGCGUGAGCCUCUCUGAAAACGUCUAUCUUGGUCGGCCGUGGCGCGUGCUCGCCCGGGUGAUCUAUCAGUACUCCACCUUGACGGGAGUAGUUGCGCCAAAAGGCUGGACAACUCUGGCUGAUAAUGCGACACCUAUAUUUGAGGAAUAUCAGAACACUGGAGACGGGUCCGACACAUCAGAUAGGGUCACGGAAACAACAGCCACUGCGGCAGUCACUAAGAAGCAACUCUGGCCAAAUGGCUAUAGUUGGAUCGACACAAGCUAUUAG